AUGCAGGCUUUCAUCCUCGUGGUGCUUUGCCUCCUCUUCAAUGAAAACUUCACGAAGGCCUCUGACAAGGACUUCUUCUUCUUGGAGCACUAUGCUGGGGAGGCGGUGAUGUCUCAGGAGAUUCAGGCAGCACAUGGACGUGAUACUGCUAAGCUCGACAUCAAGUACCACCAUUCCAUGGACAUUUGCACUCCGCCGGGGAUUCACUUUGUGGCAAGGGCUACAGUGCAGCAGCUGGGUAUCGAUAUGCAAGGCGACGAGCAUGAGAUGACUAUUCUUGUCUCGCUUCUUUGCGUGGCUUUGGGGGCCAACUGGAUGAUCGAGCAGCCGGGUGUACGUUUCCCGUUUCUGGAUGAUGCACUGGGGGCAUUCCUGCCCGAAACGGACAGUGGUUUGGAGCAGACCUACACGCCAGCAUUCAGCCGAGAGAUGGCCAAGUUGCUGCCGCUCGUCAUGAAGUCCCCGCCACUGCGCCCCACGGCGAUGCUGGAUGCCUCCACGGUAGAGAAGCUUCGCUGCUUGGACAUGGGUGAGGAUGAUUGGGCUGAUGCGGGCCUUUGGGAUCUGGUUCGUUAUGUCUAUGGAGCCAAAGGCUUGCGUAUCCCCGAGCAAUGGAAGGAGCUUGAGUCCGCCAUCAGCAUCGCAACCGCGGAUGUCAAGACCGAGCCCGGCACAGAGAGUCAGCUCGCAAAGAUGCAGUUGGCGCCAGAGCUCUUGCAGAAGUUCAGCCUACUCCAAGCCGCAAUGCUCAUGCAGCAGACUGAGCUCCAGAAGCUCCGUGACCGUGAGAGCCAGAACCAGGAUGGGCAGAAUGCGCAGCCACGGCAGGAGCCGACCCAGGAAGCUGUGGAGAAGCAGCAGCAGAAGGAAUCACCUUCAGCUGCUGUUGUGCGGAUGGAUCAAAGUCCCAGGGGCUCCAAACGAUCGCAUCCUAUGACCCCUGUCAAGAACCCCAAGCCCCCGAGUGCCCCGAGCCAGGCGCCUGAUGAGGACUCUGAAAUCCCCAGAGUUCUGAAAUCCGAAGCCCUCGAUAAGCUCGAGAAGGAGAAACUCCGCAGGGUGGUUUCCCCGAAGAAAGGCUCGGGGACUUUGGAGGUCCCUGAGGACAUCUUCGAGAUGUGGAAGGACGCUGCCAAAGGACGUCAGACCCUCUUCAGAAUGUGGGCAAAGUCCGGCGGGGUCAAAGGUGGCUUUUACUCCAAAGAAGAUAUGAAAUCUGAACUUGGAUAUUCAACGUCCAGAAUCGAGAAGAUAGUUGCCUGGGCUGAGAAGAACAAUCUCGUUCGGACAUGUGAAUACGAUGAUGAGACGCUGGAGUACUGGGUGAACACAAGGACGCUGGGCACCAUGACGAAGGAGGACCUGGAGAUGAUGCAGCGGGAGAGAAAGUAUGAAGGUGAAGGCGGUGAUGACCUGCUUUUCAAGCCGGAGGUUCAUCUUGAUGGGUUUGAUUUCAGUGAUGAUGACCGGAUGAUCCACAAGGGCACUAAGAAUCUUGAGGGAGAUCACCACAAGAGUGCCUCUCGGAUGCUUUCCAUGGAGACGCGGUGCCUCAUGCAGACCUGGGGUGUUUGUUGCAACAUUGUUGCAUCGCAAAUGAAGGAGUACUUGAAGCAAGUGCUCAAGAGUAAGAACUCACUUGAAAACUUCGUCGACAAGAUUAAGGACUUCGACACGCUGUAUGAAGAAAUGUCGGAGGCCAGGGCUGAAGGCAGCUAUGUCCCGGCCGGCAUCAGUGAGCAGGUGCAUCUCAUUGCGGUGAAAUAUGGCAAGGGCACAGAAAUUUGCAGAUCCAUAAGCAGAAUCAACAAACGUUUUGAUGAAUCUAUGGCAUGUAUAGACCCUGUCACAAAGAUGGAUAUCUUUCCAUGGACUGAUUCUGAAGACGAUAUGACUGUGCAGAAUCACAGUGACAACGAUAUGGAUGUCUCUGGUGCUUCAUGGGCUUCUGCAAGCACAAGGGAGCCUCCUUCGCCAAACUCCCCCGAUUCGAGCUUUCACCUUGAUGAGAGAAUAAUCGCGGAAACUUCACUGGCUUCGAAAGUUCUACUACACUGCUUGCGGGUGGUCGAUGCUGUCAGAACAGAAAACGGUGGUGCUUCGUUGUGCGUCUUCAAGAUUGGCCUUACUUCCAACCCGGUUCAGCGCAGAGCUAGCUACCUCCAGCAGAACUUUCAGAACUUCGUCGUGAUACACAAAGUUUGGCGACCCGAACUGCUCGGCAUGCUAGAGAUGUUGGAAGCUGCUCUGAUUGCACAGUUUCACGACAAUGGGUUCCCGCCACCUUACUAUGCAUACUGUGUCGCAGCAAAGGAUCUGGUCAUCGAUGCCCAGGCAGCAGUGAAGCGAGAUCCUUGCGAAGUGUUGGCCAAGAUUGCAAAGGUGCCACCAAGCAAUGCCGAUGCACCGCUGUUUGAAAUUCUACGCAAGAAUGGAUUGACUUUGCCUAUUGACUUUAGCUGGAGCAAAGCUGGGAAAGUUUUCAGGUAUCCUUUUCUGAGCCCCAGGGCCCAGCUUGAAGCUUUGAGUGAUGCGGGCUACUUCCAUCGGGUUUUGGGUCUGCCGGUUCACUUGGCAAGUGAGGGUCUUGAUCUAUUUUGGAACAAGUUUCGAGUCCUGCACCCCCGGCACAGCUUGUUCGAGAAUGCCAACAAUAUUGAUUUUCAGAGGCUCAUCCCUUACUACCUGCAUGGGGAUGGGGGCCGUGGCUUCAAGAAGGAGGCUAUCGAGAUAUUAUCCAUGUUUCCAGCUCUGGGGACAGGGUCGAGGAAGCAUUCUGUAGACCUCAGUUCAAAAAGGCCUGUGGAGAACGAAAUCGAGCUGGGCAUCAAUCUGCAAGGCAGCUCGGGGGCUACCAGGUUCCUGUUUACAGUUCUAAGCAGCUUAGUGGCCAAAACUGACAACACUAUCUUUGAUGAUAUCCUUGAACUAUGGAGUCAGCAACUGCAGCGGCUCCUAGAUGAUGGUUUUCAGGUGGGCGGGAGCACGUGGCGCAUCGCGAUUUUGGGCUUUACUGGAGAUUCUCCUUUCGUCAAAAAGGUUGCGAAGACCACCCGCUCGUUCCACAAUGUGCGAAAGCGGCACACUGCAAAGAAAAAGCAAACAGGCUGCUGUUGGCUUUGUCAUGCAGGUUACGACGACCCGGAGCAAGGAAUCUUUUAUCCCUUUGAACAUCUGGGUUUCAGUGAGCCGCUCUGGCUGCAAACCUGCAAGCUGAACAACCCCUUACCAUGGGAGGGGUCAGGCUCUCCACUUGUGCGGCGAAUGCCGCUGGACAAGGAUGACACGCCCGCUGCAUUUUACACGGCGGACUUCUUCCAUGUGUGGCAUGCUGGGGUCGGUUUGGACUUCUGUUCAUCCGCAAUGGUGUAUUGCUUUCGACUGUUUGAAAUGUCCUCGGUGGAAAAAAACAUAUCGGAGCUGAACGCAUCAUUGCAGGUUUUUCUGAAGAAGUCAAAGCAAAAAUUGGCGUGUGGUCGCGUGACCGAGGACCUCCUGGGCUAUAGUUCCACGCGAGAAUAUCCUGAAGGCAAGUGGUCAAAGAAUAUGGACACAGCCGUUUUCACCAAAUUCGUGAUUUGGUUGGUGGAACGUCCAGAGUUUGCGGCCAAACUUGCAGCAGAUGACAUUCUCAAAAUGAUCCUCGCGACUGCCAAGGCGAUCGGUGUGGUCAUCAGCACGGCUCUGAGGGCGGAGUACUACAUGGCGAGUGCGGACUGCCAGGAAGUGAUAAGGAAUGGGCAUGCAGUGCUGACUGGCUAUGGGCAGCUCGUUGUCACGUGCUACAGUGGACGUCUGUGCUUAUUCAAGCUUCGACCCAAGGUUCACUACUUGAAUCACAUAUUCCUCCGGGUUUGGGAAGAAUGGCGUGCUGCUGGAUUUGCGGUAAACCCGCUUGCGGAAGCCACGUUCAUGUCGGAGGACUUCGUGGGAAGGACGGCUCGCUUAUCCAGGCGUGUCUCAACAAGAGCCGUGGCAAUCAAAACACUUCAAAGGUACUUGCUCUUCAUGCAGACUGCCCUAAGCAAGGAUAGUUUUGCAAUGCUGGAUUUGUCAAUGCUGGACUGA